CUAUCAGUUGUGGUCCACUGGUCGGUCGAAGACCACGUGCCUCCAGUGCUUGUUUGUUCUGUGUGAUAGUAACAGCUAGGCUAAUGCUAGAGUAGGCCUGCUACGGUUGGGUUUUCUGCCAUGAAAUUCUGUCGAGCAUAAUUAUUUGCUAGUGUUCACUUGCAAUCCACAGUAGAAUAUCAUCAGCAUUCCUAAAAAAAAGUAUGACGGAAAUUAUGAGCGAUAUGUGGUUGGAUUUGGAGAGUUUUCUUCUGGGACAACCGACGCCACCACAAGCCUCGCCUGUGAACAUAUGCGGCUCAGGAACAGUACCAGUCUACACAAGUGUUCUCAACAAAGAAGAUAACUCUCAGCAGUUCAAUCAGGGUGAAGAGUACAUCGAUCUUGAUAUGUUGAUCAACUAUGCAGCUGAACAACAUACAAGCUCAAUCCAACCUCCAGGACCCCAACAACAGCUACUUCAGCAGAAUGUCAAAGGGCAGAAUCCACCUCUGACAAAUAAUGACCAAGCAUUCCUUGGACAAGGAUAUGCCACACAGGAGGUGAUGAGUGACAGGCCUAAGUCACCUAGCACUGUUACUUACAAUGCAUUGAUGACAGUGGUUCCCAAUGCUCAGGGCUCAAACCCAGUCACCAACUUCCCUAGCAACUGCCCACCAUGUGAACCUACUAAAAGUGAGUUAGCUCCAACACCUGACAAAGAUUUCGACAAGGAGCUGUUCUUGAAGGCUGAACAUGGAUCUGGCACUGUCAUGUACAAUGCCAUAAUGACUGUAUUCUCAACCAAAAUCGACAACCACAAUGGCCACCCUAUAGGCUUAUCACCACCUGCUAGUCCUGACUCUGGAGUCGAACCUGAAACAGCAGCAAUGCAAUCAGAUUUCAUGUCAGCACCCAUAGUCAAAAUGAUGACUCCUCCUUCUUCACCACACAAUAACCAGAGCCUUCCAACCAUUGUUGCCCGCUCCCGGCGCGAACGGAAGAUCUACUCUCGCAAAAAACACACCACACACUCCUGCUUUCACCCUGGAUGUGGCAAAACAUAUACCAAGUCGUCUCACCUGAAGGCGCACCUGCGGACGCACACCGGAGAGAAGCCAUACCAGUGUGGCUGGAAGGGGUGCGGCUGGAAGUUCGCCCGUUCCGACGAGUUGACCCGCCACUACCGCAAGCACACCGGCGAUCGCCCCUUUCGCUGCCGGCUCUGCGAUCGCGCCUUCUCACGCUCCGAUCAUCUCUCUCUACACAUGAAGCGACAUGUUACCAUCUAGAAUCUAAAUUGUCAAACCAUUAAUCAGCAAAAUCAUGCAAUUUUGUAGUUAUGUUAUUUAAAUCCACAUUAAUUAUAUUGGAAGCUGUAGCCUCAGCCUAAGAGUUAAAAUGUAAACGAAUUCUAUUAAAGUUCAUGGUUUGUGAUUCUAUACUAGAAUAAAACAAUCUAAUGUUGAAGGCCAGCUCUCAAUGCUUGAUAGUAUUAAUACCAGCCAUGAUACUCACAAUAGGAAGAUGAGAACUCCAUUCAUGAUAUGGGCUACUAGUCAAUUUCACAAUGACUAUUUCAAUACAUCUUCAAUAGGUGAGCUCUCUCAUGGAAGCUUGACUGAGAAAACAAUACAAUUUUUUUGCUGGAAGAAUAAAAUAUUGUCAUUGAUGAAAACUGUGUCUUUAUACCAAAAUAAUUUAUUACUGUAUUCUUGAAAAUACCCAAAUUUCAAGAAUACUUCAACACACUUCAACUUACUAUUCUCGUUGUGGUUGUCAUCAUGAUUCCUUAUUGAUUGAAUCAUUUAAAAAAAAAUCCUCUAUAUCUUCAAACUUCCAAAGUAUUCUUGUCACCAUUAGAAUAUUAUUAUUAUAAUAAAUAAGUUAUUGAGAUUUAUCAUGAAAUAAAGAUAAUAAAUAUAGGGAACUUGUAAUAAUGUAGAAGAGAAUAUGGAAGGUGUAGGAUUUGAUAGUACACUAAUCAGUCUGAUAAUAAUGACAUUCGCAAUGGAAUUCUUCAACCAUAAACUCUCAUUGGAAAAUGCUCAUGGUUCUUAGGAGACACAGCCUACGUAUUCAUGUCCCUAUAAAAAAGAAGAUUUCAUAAAGUAUGCAUCAAUUUGCUUCUUGUAGAGUCAUUUAACGAAUCAUUCAACCAAUCUGAAUUUUGAGUUACUAGAUAACAAUACAUAAGGCUGCAAUUCUUAAAUGUACUGGUAUUAUUGGCACAAUAGCAAAUAUUUCGGUAGAGAUCUGCAUCAUGCAGACUGAAUGAAACAUUAUCAUCCAGGAUGGGUGAAAAGUCCGAUAACGGCUUAAUAUCUCAUACACAAAGGUAAUUUGCCAGUGGGUGUGAUUGGAGAUCCUACUCAAUUUGAAAAUACUACAUUACUAUGACUUUAAAAAUCAGGUCCGCCAUAUUGAAUGCAACUUUUUUUUUCAAAUAGGAAGGUGGUCAUGCGAUACUUGAUUUCAAUACAGAAUUUCAAGAAAAAAAAGAAUGGUGAAAACCGAAUAUCGAUAUCUUAAAUUGUUCCGAAGAUAUUCACAUUAUAAUCAAUAUACUAUUGAAACCAGAAAAGAGGGGGAAAAGUCCGAGAACGGCUUAGUAUAUCAUACAUAAAGCUAAUUUGAUGGUAGGUGUGAUCGGGGAUCCUACUCCAAUUGAAAAUACUACUCUACUAUGACUUUAAAAAUCUGGUCAGCCAUCUUUGAUCCGCCAUUUUGAAUGCAACUUUAUUUUUUAAAUAGGAAGGUGGUCAUACGAUACAUGAAUUCAAUACGGA